GUUUAAAUUCAGUAUGCAAAGAAACUCGAAAGCGAACAGUCGAUAUUUGAUACAACGGCAUAUGAAAAAUAUUGUUAUGAUCGGAAGAGCUUCAAUGUUUCAGGGACUUCGAGUUUGCGUGGUGCUGUUAUGCCUGAAAUAUGGCAAUGCCUAUGCAAAUACAGAGCAAGAAAGUGGCUGCUUGGAGUGGGAGUUUCAAUGCAAGAAUGGUCAGUGCAUAAAUAAUUCUCUCAAGUGCAAUUCAUUUAAGGACUGUGACGAUGGCAGCGAUGAGACAUUUGAAGAAUGCCAUAAUUUUAAAUGCAAUGAACAUAGGUGCUCCUACGGCGCCUGCGUCGACAGCUCCAAGUGGUGUGAUGGGAUCAAGGAUUGCUGGGACAAUACAGAUGAGUUCAAGUUCGAUUGUACCACCGACCCAAGUCUUUUCGAUCGGGAAAUUCGUGGUAAAUGCACUGACAAAGUUUAUACGGAGUUUCAAUGCAGAGAAUCUGAGGAAUGUAUUCCCUAUAGCAAACUGUGCAAUGGCGUUGGGGACUGUUUGGAUAACUCGGAUGAAACUAUUGAAGUUUGUGUGGGCUCGAUCUGUCCCCCCGGUGCCUUCCGUUGUGCCUACGGCGCCUGCAUUUCCGAAAUGGCGGCCUGUAAUCACCGCAUCGAUUGCCAAGAUGGGUCCGAUGAGCUGUCUGUCUUAUGCAACGAGAAGACAAAUAAGACCUCGACCGACGAAUGGUACAUACCAUCAUGGCAAAUCACUACAACCGACAAAAGUACGCUUCCAGCAACUGAGUUCACUUCAACGGUUCAGGCACCAGAAACUAAGAAGAGUUGCACUGUGAUCGGCGAGAAGCUACGUCUGAGAACCUUGUACAAUGGCUUGCCAUACUUCAACGGUGGAAACGUGUCCCAUCUGACGACGGUGCGAUUGAGCUGCAGCCAGAAGUAUGUACUUCAGGGCAGCGAUGUGAACACUUGCGAUAAUGGUGACUGGAAGGCACCGUGGGCGGAGUGUGUAAAUGCCUGCGAUCGUAGCAGUAUCAUAAAUGAUCCCAGUACUCAUGCCAUAUGUAGUUACAAUAACAAUACCAUCGAUUGCGCCAGAGACCCGCUUGUGGUCUCAACCAGAGCCAUCGUUCAGUGUGCUCAGGGCUAUAUAUCGACUAUUUCACACGAAGAACUUAAAUGCAAUACGAAUGGCAAAUGGUCAAGGGUCAAUACUAAAGUUUCGAAUUUAAAAUGCAAGCCUGACUGUGGAAGAACUUUUGACACAGUUAAAGAAGAUCCAUGGCUGGUCAGCGUAUUUCAACGCAUAUCAAAUAAUAAUUAUAGAUUCCGUUGCUUGGGCUCAAUUAUUGACCCAUUUUAUGUGCUCACUGUUUCCAACUGUUUCUCCAGCAGUUCCGAAUUUUUUACAGACUACACCAUAGUUUUGGGCAAUAAGUCGGUUGGAUUCAAUGCAAAAAAGGAACAUGGCUACGAUGUACGCAACAUUGCGCAGGUGGACCUGAAAACAUUCAAGCCGCUAGCCAUGCUGACUAUGAUAAAUCCCUUUAUACUCUCGGCUAAAGUGCGACCCAUUUGCCUGAUUGAUUCCCAGAGCAAUAAUAAUACCAAAGAGCACGGGAACACUCUGGGAGAGCCAAUUGUUGAGAACACUGAACAGAUAUACUCUCUAAAAUAUAUUGUUGAUGAAAAUGCCCCAGUUAAUACAGGGCAGUUCACCAAAGAUAUUAAGGGUGUAUUAAUACAGCAUGCAUUAAAAUAUGGUUAUAAAUUUUAAAUAUAAAUGUUUUGUACACGAUUUUAAAAUAUACUAUACACAAAAUUGUACUUAAAACUUUAUAAAUAAAAAAAAUGUAACAAAAAAAUUAACAUUUAAUAAAA